CUACAAAAAGUAUAUAUAAAACCCGGCUUAGAGAUAAAGAACGGAAAAAUUGUGCAUCCAAUUGGUCAUCUGAUUUUGACGCAAUGGGAGCAGACCUUGUAAUUCGAGCUGCGUUGUCAGCGGUUCUGGGAGCCCUGCUGAUCACGGAAAGCAAUUCGGAGGCUCUAAAAUACAAGUACGAGAUCAAGGAAUUUCCAGUGCCCCUGGAUCACUUCAGUUUCCUGAGCAACGCCACCUUCAACAUCCGGUAUUUGUACAAUGACACCUUCGUGGACAAGGGCAAUGCCCGCACUCCGAUCUUUUUUUACACGGGAAAUGAGGGGGACAUCGAACUCUUUGCCCAGAAUACCGGAUUCCUGUGGGAACAGGCCGAGAGACAGCGGGCUCUGGUGAUCUUCGCGGAGCACCGGUACUACGGGAAGUCCCUGCCCUUCGGGAGCUCCACUUUCAACACCAGCAUGCCGGAGCACCUGGCCUACUUUACGGUGGAGCAGACCCUGGAGGACUACGCCAUGCUGAUCACUUUUCUGAGGGACGAUCGCGAGAUGCCCGUAGUAGCUUUCGGGGGAUCCUACGGCGGAAUGCUGGCCGCCUGGUUCCGGAUGAAGUAUCCGCAUUUGGUCACGGGAGCCUUGGCCGCCUCGGCUCCCAUUCUGCAAUUUCCGGGGAUUACCGAUUGCGACAUCUUCUCCAGGAUCGUGACUUCGGUCUUCCAAAAUGCCUACAACGGAAACUGCACGGUGAACAUUGGCAAGUCGUGGAAACUCUUUCAGACUCUGGGAGGGAACGACGCCGGUAAGAAGCAGAUUUCGGAUGCAUUCCACCUCUGCACUCCGCUUAAGAGCGAUGAGGAUCUGAAGAAGUUCCUGGACUAUAUUGAGGAAGUCUACAGCAAUCUCGCCAUGGUAAACUACCCGUACAACAGCAGUUUCCUGGCCCCAUUGCCAGCUUAUCCCGUGAGGCAGGUGUGCUUCUACCUCAAGGACCUGCAUACCACCGAUGCGGACUUGCUGCACGCCAUGUCCAGUGCCCUGGCGGUCUACACCAACUACACUGGCUCCUCCAAGUGCCUGGAUAUUUCGGUUAACUCUAAUGCGGAUGACUCCGGAUGGAAUAUUCAGAGCUGCAACCAGAUGGUGAUGCCCUUCUGCUCCAACGCCACCGAAACCAUGUUCCGUACGUCGAGCUGGAACUUUAAGGAGGUCGCCGAGAAGUGCUACAAGAACUACCGCCUCACGCCCAAGCCCUAUGACAUUAUUCUUCGUUAUGGCGGCAGAAACCUGGAGGCUGUGACCAACAUCAUCUUCAGCAACGGCCUUCUGGAUCCCUGGAGCGGUGGCGGUGUGCUGCAGGCCCCUAACGAGAAGGUCUUCGUCAUUAUACUGCCGGAGGGCGCUCAUCACCUGGAUUUGCGCCACAGCGAUCCGGCUGAUCCGCCUUCAGUACGCGAUGCGCGCAACAAGGAGGCAGCCAUCAUAGAGCGGUGGAUCCAAGAUUUCUGAAAUGAGAACAUGUUUUUUAAUCUUUCAAAGCUCAACAGUGGGUUACAUUUUUUGUAGAAGCCUUUAUAAAGCCGAAGUAAUCAAAACUAAAUGAUAUUAUAAAUGUAAGCUUUGGAACAAACUAAAUAUGUUUUAAAAGUUUUAGAAUCUAUAUUUUGUAACACUUUUAAAACUAUAAUAAAUACGUUAUUUUUUAAUCAAGAAA